GAAGAUGCUCCUCUACUAGUAAUUCUCUACCUUAUCACAAGAAACGAAUGAUUCACAUUCUCUAAACACUCAACACAACAAAACACCACACCCCCUUAUUUACUAUAUACACUCCUCUUUCUUAUAUGGCUUCAGAUGAAACUAUGAUGACGACAACUCAAUCUUCGUUACGAAGUGAAGACUAUGAAGAAGAAGAUGAUGAUACGAAUGAUCUUUUUCACCACCAUCAUCAUCAUCAUCAUCAUCAGAAUCACCAUAAUUUAUCACGGCUUUCGGUUUGUACGAGCAGUGGUGUUGAAGAUGAUGUUGAAAAUCUAGCUUCCGUUUGUAUGUCACACUUGUCCAUUGAGAGUUUCGAAGCUGAUGGAGACGAUGAAGCUGAAGGAAAAGAUGAUCGGUUACUGGAAGCCGGCUUGUCUUCUGGCUCUGAGAAUGAGUCAGGUAGUUGUUAUUCGUUACCGGCGACACCGCCGCGGAGGAGGAACUUGGUUCCGGCGACUCCGGUGAUUGGAGUGAAAGACUAUGCGAGUGAGAAUGAAGUGAGGAAAGAAACAAAAACAAAAACAAAGAGCAGUGGUGGUGAUUCUGGGAAGAGGAGGGGGAGGAGGAGAAGGAGGAUGGAGAGUGUGUUUGAGAGGGGAAGUAGUUGGGAGAAUUUAUGGGAUGAGAAGAAGAAAAUGAAGGAGAAUGGAGGGAAUAGUGGUGAGAGUGAUCAGAGUAAUGGAAAUGGUGUCAUGGUGAUUACUAGACCUAAAGGUGGGAAUAGGAGUUUGUGUAUGGAUUUGGAAGAAGUUAAAGCUUGUAGAGAUCUUGGAUUUGAGUUGGAACAUGAAAGAAUAUCCGCGGUUUCUUUCUCUAAUUCAACACUUGAUAAUAAUACUAGUAGUGGCGGUAAUUCGCCUAUUGCUAAUUGGCGAAUCUCCGGUCCUGGUGAUGAUCCAAGAGAUGUGAAGGCACGGUUGAAAGUGUGGGCGCAGGCGGUAGCUAUAGCGUCUGCCAGCAAAUACGGCUCAUGACACAAUUUUCUUCUUACUUCAUACCUAGUUGUUUUUUUUUGGUGAUUGUGACAGUGUACAUUAUUAUAUUAUGUUAAGUUUUUCUUUACACUAUGAUCAGAUAGUAGAGUUUUUGUCAUAAAUUUUUCCCCAAGAGUGGUUGAUUUUUGGAUUCAAGUGAUGGUAACUUUUCAUAUGUACAGUGUACGUUUUUUUUGGUUCAUUAACUGCUUAAAGGAUGAGUGUUUUGAUA